CCACAAAGCCCAACGACACAUUCGCCAACGUCGCCUGGCUGAAAUUUUAAUUUCGUUGAAUUCAGUUCAGCUUUAACCAUAACGUCGCACGGUUCGGUAGUGCGCGUGAAAUCCUCCAGUGAGUGAAAUAAGUGUCAACCGUCUGACGCAUAAGAAAAAAGAUACAUUGUAUUUAUAUAAAGAAAUUUAAUUUGAAUUUUAUUUGCUGCUGCGUUGGAAUAUAAAAGUUUCGCCUGCGGCCAUGAGGAUUACAAUAUUGCUGUUGAUUGGGAUUUCAAUAUCCCUUGCAACAGCUUUAGCUACAGUCGAUGGAAGUGAUGCAAAAGUACGCGCCAAGGCUACAACAGUUAAACCCGCUACAACAACAAAGGCCGCUGAAGGAAAUAAGGAUAAAGCGACAACAAAAACUGUAGCGAAGCCCUCAACUGCAGAGACUGCGGCACGCAGCGCAAAAGUGCUGAAAUCGCCGUCAGCCGGCAACGCGGCGACUGCCAGCGAUAAGCGUGGAAAACGUACACUUUACGAUUUCGAAAAUGCCGGCUAUCUCUAUCCGGAAAUCGCGAGUCGUCGUGCCGGUUACGAGAAUGAUGGACAGGCGUAUUAUUCUCAGAGAACCCAAAGUGGUUAUUAUAACGGACAAAAUGCGAUUGCACAAUUCCCCAACAACUAUAUUGGACCUCAAUACUACCCACAAUAUCUGGAAGCACCUGAGCCCAUUAUAGAAAUCAUUAUAAAGGAUUCUAAUGAGACUUUGCCGGAACCUGAACCCCAACCCAUUUUGACGAAAAAGAAGAGGGAGAAAGUGCACGUGUUCUAUGUGAACUAUAAGAAGGAUCAAAAUAAUAAGUUGCAUUUGGAGAGUCCCAUCGCCUCGCUCAACAACGACGAUAACGAUGAGGAGGAGGAGGAAGAAGAAAUCGUACACUAUCCCGUGCCAGCGACACCGGCGCCACCUGUUAAGACCACUACACUGCGUACCAUCAUUCAUCCCGAUUCGGAGAAGUAUCACAGUAACAGUGGUAUUCAUGUGACUUUCGGUUCGGAGGAUAAAUCUCAGGCUGGACAUCAGAUUGAGGAGCAUAAUGCAGAGAGCAUACAAAGUCAGGUGGUAGCGAUACCCGUCGGUGGCGGUAAUGCACAGGCUGGCAGUUUCAAAGCAGAAACGUACAACACGCGGGCGGAUUUCGGCGUGAGCGGACAGAGUCACUCGCAGGCUGGUGGUAAUCAGCUAUACACCGGACCUUUCCAGCAAUCGCAUCUACAGCAACAAGCAAUAAAGCAACAACAACAACAAUUGCCAUUGCAACAAAGUGGAAACUACUUCCGAUCACCGGCCGCGUUAGUGCAACAGCCACAGACGAAUUUCUACCAGAAGCAACAACAAACGCAAUACCAAUCUCAGCAACCACAACAACAGUACUCUCAGCAACAGCACUCUCAACAGAAGCAUCAACAACAACGCCCGCACUUUAGCUCGCCAUCUAGUAGUGUGGCUGCUCCGCCUCCGCUACCACCACCAGCGCCAUCAACCCAACCGCUGCCAACACUGCAACAGUUACCUCAACUACAAGCUCAGUUCCGCAAGACCUUCAGUGCUUCCAGUUCACCACAGAGCCAUUAUUACGCAAACCACAAUCAACAGUAUCAGCAACAAGCCAGCAAUCAGCAGCAAUCGUUCUUUAACAGCCCGAUUCAGAAACCCACAGCCGCGCCACAGCAGAAGCAGCUCAGUUUCUUCCCCACUGCACCGCCAAAAACUCAGGAGCUACCCGCACGACAGUCAGGCUUGCCUUAUCAGCCCGUCAAGUUUCGUCCUACUUUAUUGCCGGUGCAGCCACACAUCAAACAGGUUCCGAUCCCGACUAAAUUGGAAAACACCAACUAUCAGUCGGCGCAAUCACAGCAACAACAACAACAAUAUCAUCAACAGUCUGCAGCGAAAGCCCCACAGAGCUAUCACUCCCAGCAGCCCUACCAAUUUAAUCGUCAGCCUCAGUUCGUGCAGCAGCCAACGUUCUCUCUGCCUUCGCCCCAGCCCCAAGCGCCAUCGAGCGUUGGCAGUACUAGCAGCAGCAGCAGCAGUAACGGCAACAACAACAACUACUUUAAGCAGACAUCUCAGCAGUCGCACUCGCACUCACAAUUGCUGAACCAGAAAUUGGCUUCCAGUCGUUACCAGCCUCAGCAGCCACAGCAGCCACAGCAGCCGCAGCAACAGGCACAACAAUCCCAACAACAACAUUCUCAAUAUCAGCCAGCUCAAUAUCAGACUCAACAACAUCCUAUUCAACACCAAUCAUAUCAGCAACAACAACAGAGCUCCCAACAGUCUUAUCAACAACAACGACAACAACAACAAAAGCAACAGCAACACUCCCAACCCUCCCAACAUCAAUCCUACCAAGCCCAGUCGAAACCCCAACAACAAAACAAUAUCAAGCCGCUAGCAUACCAAAACCAACAGAGCAGCCCCACUGCAGCCUCGUUGCAAGCGUCAGCAGACCCACUCAGGUCCUUGCACAACUAUUUCGGUGCACAGCCUUCCAAGGAGACUGAGUUGCUGAAGUCGAUACCGAAAUAUGAGCAACACAUAACUGAGACCAUCGAGACUCCAAUCGGUGGCAUCGGUGCCUCCGCCGGCGGCAGCAGCAGCCAGUACAAUGGCCUUGGUAGUUUUGGCUAUCAAACACAGAAUCAAGUUUUACAUGAUAUACCGGCGCCCCACUUGGGACCCACACCUGCACCUAGCCAGCAAUCCUACCAACAACAGCAACAUCAACAACAUCAACAGCAAAGCGAAGCAAGCUCUAAUUACGCCAGUGGAAACUCGGGUUCAUCCGGUCUUUCGCUCGAUACGCAUUACAUUACAGCCGCGGCCUUAGAGUCAGUGAGAAAUCAACAACAACAUCAACAACAGCAGCAGCAGCAGCAGCAACAGCAGCAGCAGCAACAACAGCAACAGUUCAGCAAUUUUGUAACGGCACAAAAUAGUCAUCCUUCCGCCUAUCCCACCACAACGCCAGCGCCACCUCAAUACGCGCAAACCACCGACGGCGAGAAGAUCAUGAUCAUAACACCGAUGCCACCCACAACUUACAACCAAUAUCAAUCCAGUCAGUAUCAGCAAGAAGCGAGCGCUACUCAAGUGCUCGCUAAUUCACCGCAGGUUCAACCCACCACGUACUUCGCACAGCAACCCCGACAAUCAGUUACUGGUAGCCUCAUCUCGGCAACUGUACCUAAUGCCGCUGGCUCCGCAGGGAACUUAGCACAAUUUGGCGUCUCCACGUUGCAUUCGGAUGUCCUUAAAGAACUCGAAAACCGUCGUGUUGAAGACAAGGCGUCUGUAGGACAGUUUAACAUCGGGUCGCAGGUGUCGGACAGCAACGACAAGCCCUACCUGCCGCCCACACAAGCCAGUGAAAACAUCAAUAAUUACGCCCAAACUUCUACCACAAGCAGCACUGCCACCAGCAGCAGCGUACAAACGAUCGCACAAACUGACGUAGAAGACAGCAGCAAAAGUGCUAAAGCUUCACAAACCUUACUCCAACUACCCGACGAAGUACCAGAUGAUCUGCGUCAACAGCUGCUCUCCUCUGGCAUUCUUAGUAAUGCCGAUAUUUCCGUCUUGGACUACGACAAAGUAGGCGAUGUCGCUCUGGAGAACCUACCUGCCGAGCAUUUGCAACACUUCUAUGGCGCCGGUGGUGCUGCACAAAUUUCCGCCUCGAAGAAAGUAGUUACCGUCGUUAAACCAAAUGGCGAUAAGGUCGCUUUGAGUGAGAAAGAUAUCGAGCGUGUCAAGGAAUCCAAUUCACUGCCGCACAAACAGGGCGUGGAUGUGAAAGUAGUACAUUUUGAUGCAGAAAAUGAGAAGAGCAUUUCGGAGAAAUAUAUUAAGAGCGACGCUACUGUGGUGCCUCCAGUUGAUCUCGCCGAGCGACAAUACAACCGUUAUUUACCGCUGAAAAUUAAUGGCGCUCAGUUCCCUUUACCAGACAGCGAAGAAUUACAUGGCAAGAAGGUAGUGAGUGUUGUCGUUCUGGCUCCAGUAGAAGCCCAACCACCAGCGGGUGGCAGCAAUGAGCGACGUAGUGAACGUGAGACCUCAGUCGAUGAUAAGGAAGUGAAAUUCAUUGGCGGUGACCUCAUAAGGACUUUGGUGAAGAAACCUACAAAGGAGAAUUUCAAACGUUGGUUGGAGAAGGAAGCACGCACAGAGGUGGAGCAGCAAUCGGUGGUGCUCUUGGUAGCGAAAUCCAAUGUGGAUGCCGAGCAAGAGAUCUUCAUGUACGACAUCGGUACAGGUGCAGUGAAUAAAUUGAAUGGUGAACUUUCGAGUGCUUUCGUGAAUGUGGCCGAAGAGAAUGCCAGCUCCGAAGAUUUAGAACAUGCUUCCACCUUGGACCCCAGCGUAUUGGAGACAAUGAUGCAGAAGACUCGAAGAUGAGCGUUGCGCGAAGCAAAUAAAUGUGCCACUUAAAUGUGCGAAAUAAAGCCAUUUCCAAAAGAGAAAAAUAUAAAAUCACUAACU